CCAAGCUUGGCAAAUUGCAACUUGCACACACAUGGUCUUUAGUACCCAGGAAGAUCACACAGUCAAACAUUGAAGCUCUGGAAAAAGGUGUCUCUGGGUGUAGGUUGGUCCAAAUUUUGUGACACAAUGCACUGGGCUUCUGUUUUGAUCAUAGCUGGCUUCUGUGGAAUAUCCUUGAGCCAAUAUGAUGAUCACUACGAGGACAUAUUCUGGUUACAGCAAUAUUUACGCAGCCAGUCUUCUUCCUAUAGCUAUUCACCAUAUUACGAAGAUGAGAUUCCCCCAUAUUCUUCUUACUCUUCUGUGCCAGCUGGAUCCUCUGUUGGAGAGCCUGUCCCUGAACCUCCUGUUUCUAGGGAGUGCCCCCAAGAAUGUGAAUGCCCCCCUCAUUUCUCUUCUGCCAUGUAUUGUGAUACUCGCAAUCUUAAGUAUCUUCCAUUUGUGCCUUCUCGGAUGAAAUAUGCCUACUUCCAGAACAACCAAAUUGUGGCAAUCCAAGAGGGAGCCUUUGACAAUGCAACCAGCCUGGAGUGGUUGGCACUGCAUGGCAAUCAAAUAACCAGUGAGAAAAUGGGCAAGAGGGUCUUUGCCAAGCUCAAGAACCUAGAAAGACUGUACCUUGACCAUAACAACCUGACCAAAAUGCCUUACCCUUUGCCCCAGUCACUGCGAGAGCUUCACCUGGCUUAUAAUCAGAUCAACAAGAUCCCAUCCAAUGCCCUUGAAGGCUUAGCAAACCUCACUGCCUUGUAUCUCAGCCACAACCAGAUCCAAGAAAUAGGAUCAAACCUCAAGGGAUUGAAUUCUUUGAUCCUAGCAGAUCUGAGCUACAACCAACUCAGGAGAGUCCCCGAUGGACUUCCAAGCUCCUUAGAGCAACUCUAUUUGGAGCAUAAUCACAUAAAUACCAUCCCUGAGGAUUACUUCAAGGUCUCCCCUAAAUUGCUCUAUGUACGGAUGUCUCAUAACAUCCUGACAAAUGAAGGUCUCUCCCCAAAUGCUUUCAAUACUAGCAGCCUCCUGGAACUAGACCUCUCUUAUAACCGGCUUCAGAAGAUCCCACGAGUCAGUACAAGCCUUGAAAAUCUUUAUCUACAAGGGAACAAAAUAAAUGAAUUCACCAUCAACAGUUUUUGCAGCUUUGUAGACAUCAUGAAUUUUUCCAAGCUACAAGUCUUGAGGCUGGAUGGGAAUGAGAUCCGACGCAAUCACGUGCCCUCGGAUGCCCCACUAUGCCUGCGGUGGGCCAAUGUCAUAGAUAUUUAACCACUGCUCUUGUUUCUUCUCUUAGACCACCUCCACCAUAAAAACAAGGCCAAAUCUUUCCUGCAAUCCUAUGGCACAAUGAGGAUUCUUUCUCACUUUUAUUACUGCUUCAUUUGAUUGAGCUUCUGCAGUGGUAUAAUGUAGGAAGAAUUGGUAACUUGAUCCAAGAGGUGUUGUUUAUAUUAGUCAAUUCAGUAACAACACAUAAGCCAAGCAAAUCUUUGCUUACCUCUUGCCUACUUUCUCUCUACUCCCCUCUUUUCAGCAAUCACUUACUCAGUUUUCAGGACAUGUUGUCGGGUGGUGCCCAUUCUCUUUGGUGGGUGGUAGAGAAGUGUUUUUCUUUACAAGUGUUUCAUGUGUGUAGCAUUAGAAAUCUGAUACCAGCUGGGAUACCUCUGAGAGUUAGUUUUCCAUGUAGGAGGACUGCAAUGAAAAAGUAGCAUGUGUGUAGUGGGGGUGGACGAGAUUGAAUCCAAACAAAAUGAAAACAGAUUAACGGGUUGGCCACCCAGCAGGAACAAUCAGAGAGAUGAGGUAGGGAAACUGAAAAAAGCAAAACUGAGAGAAACAUCGUGACAAAUUCAUUGACAUGAAUAUAACUCCCUGGGUGUUAGUUACCAACUAAGUAGCAUCAUUAUGGUAUCUUCGACUUUCUUUUCCAUUAGUUUUAACAUACACAAUACAACAACACAUAUUACCAGUGAGGAAUCAAAAGCCCAAGAAGCUUGCCAACCCAUAAAAAUUGCAUACUGAGCUAAUCACGACGCUAUACAUCAAAUGUCACCAUUACCUUUCCAAAUCCUAACAAAUGCUUGUCAUCUGUAAUUUUCACAAUUUAGUCCCCAGAAAGACCCAAACAUAGUUUUACACUUCAAUCGUUUCAGCAAGAACCUUUCCUUCCAUCUUUUCCAUUCUUACUUUGCUGGAGUGCUCAGCAACCAAGGUUUAUUGUCAGCAUCCUAUUUAAUCUCUUAAUGUUCUGCAAUCAGUGCUUUUGUAGCAGAAGGAUUUUAAAUAAUAUUUCCGCCUCAGAUUUGGAGGACAUUGCACUUUGAGACAUUAAAAGGAGUUAGGGAGCCCUCAAAUCUAACAUUUUCUCACAAUUUGAAGGGGACUUCAUAUGGGUAGAAAAGCUUAAUUCAUACCACAUCCUGGAGGGGUGCGAGAAGAGAGAAUCCUUUUCAUUUUCAGGAAAAAGAACAUUUUACUAUGUAAAUUUCUGAUGGCAUUGAGCCCCAUUUGAGGCUUCCUACACACUGCAUAUUAUUAACCUUUUCCAGCCACCAGAAGAAAGAGGCUGUUUUUUUUUCCCUUUCUCCUGUUAUAAUGCAAUUCAGUUCAUUAUUCAGUGCUUUCAGCAUACAUAUUUCAUAUUUCUUUCCAUCUGCUGCUUGAGUGCAUAUAAAGAAUGCUACUGUUUAAAGGCAGAUUUCCAGCCAGUAAUAAAAUGCAAUGAGAACCAUCAGCAUUAAAAUGGCUGGAAGACUCACUACCAUUCAAGCAAGAUAUUCAGCCAGCAUAAAAUGAAGAACUGAGGGUUUUAGACUUGUACUGCUCUGUAAGUUCCCAUUUUCAGUACAGUAAUACAAUAAAAGGUGCAUCCUAAAUCCUUGUUACAACAGCAUUCCCUUCUUGCUUCCUGUAAGUCUAAUUACAUUUGCUGUAAUUAGUUUGCUUGACUGUAGAAUUGCCUGUGUUGAAUUUCAUGCAUGUCGUCAUACCAACUACUGCCAUAAGAAUCAAUGAUGCUUUCAUCUAUCAUCCACUGAAUUCUUUCAUUUCCAUAAAAUUCAUGGAGGGAAAGAUAAGAACAAGGAGAAAGUAGAUCUUAGGAGAUUCUGAGAAGCUCAAAAUACCAACAAAACCUUUUUGUAUAUGUAAAGUGCAUGCUGAUAAUAUUUUUAAAAUG